AUGACAGAAAUAAGAAGAGAAAUAUCUGACCUACCAGUUAUAAAAAGAAAAAGAAAGAGUUUACAGAUUAAAUAUACAGGAAGGAAUUUCUCAAGAGAAGAGGUAGUAUUGAGAGCACAAGCACUAUCUGAUGCUUUAGAAAGAAGAGGUAGAGGUUUAAUUAGUGUAUUACUUCCUUUCGGAACUAAUAAUGAAACUAAAUGGAGACCAGGAAAGUUUACCAACUUUGGUGAUCCAGUUGACUUGUUCAAUCCUGAUGAAUACGAUGGAGAUCCUGUGGAAGAGCCUCCUUACUUUGGUGCUAUUCUUUUUUAUAUUUUACCAGAGACAGAUAUAGGUUUAAGAGCAGGAGGGUAUGGAUACAGGAAUGAUUGCUUUUAUAAUGCAAUGAUCAGUAUCUAUCCAAAAAUCAAUAAAGUCUAUCUAACACCAGAAUCAUUAAAAGAAGAAAUAGGUAUAGAAAGAGAUGAUCUUGUGCCAUUGGACAAGAUGAGCAGAAUUGAAUCAAAACUGCCACCACAUAUCAAGAUAUCAAUAAGUGGUGAUCACGUUUAUACAUCAACUAGAGGGAAUGGUGUAGUAUUAGAUGUUGAAAUUUUGCCAUUUGGAUUGGAUGUAUUAACAUCAAUGGAUUGUUAUGAAGAGAGAAUAGAAGAAGAUGAUGGUGUUGACGCAUAUAUGACACCCAUCUUCUUCUAA